AUGGAGGAAAAUCAAAAUGUAUCAAGAGGAAAGCUAUAUGAUGCUGUAUCUGCAAGAAUUGGUGAUCAAUUACAGAAACUAAAAGCGCAGGUUGACAGAUUAGCAACAGAACAAUCACUGCAAUCACAAAGCUAUCCUAAGUGUCGGGCAGAACGAGCAGCAGGAAUUUUCCAGCGAGUUGAUUGGGAGACACUUGGUAUGAAUUGUUUUGUAGGUGCUGAAGAGAAUUCCUUACCUUCGAGACAAGAUUUACCAGCUGAACUGCAGAUGAAUCUAACCAAUCCACAGGAGAAUGAUAUUCCUAAUCAGUAUUCCCGGAUGGGCUUCUCUUAUAAAGGUGGCAUUAUGUCGAGGAUUCAGGGGUAUAUGGACCCAACAGAACUGAUGGGAUUUGCAGCUAGAGGCUUAUUCAUGAAUUGCAGACUGAAGGAAGGAAAAUUUUGCAAGUGUUGA